GACAGUUGCACAGAUUUCGGCAAUUUUUACUUGAUUACGGCAAAUUUCUACUACUCCAGACGUCGGUAAAAUUAAAAGUGUUAAAUAUCUCAGAAAAAAAAACAAUAAACAAUGGCUUACGAUUUAAAGAAAGAAUCCGAUGUUAAAGAGUACUUAGAUAAAUUAGGCGUCGAAUAUCGUUUUGGCUGUUAUUCGGAGAAGAAACCAGAGGUUUGCCAUCUCUUGGGCGAUUAUUUGGAAGGCAUUAAGAAGGACUUUGAGAAGGCGGCUAAAGUAUACAAAUCCACAUGUGACGAUUAUGGUUAUGCGAAGUCCUGCUUCAAAUUUGGCAACUACAGCUUCUUGGGUAAAGGCAAAAGCGGUAGCAAGGGUGAUCCACGUAGUGCGUACGCAUACUAUGAGAAAGGUUGUCAACUCAACGAUCCCGAUGCAUGUUUACAUACAGGAUUGCUGCUGGUGUCGCGUUCCAUGCACAAAGAGAUUGACCGUAAUGUGCCCAAGGGUAUCGAAUACCUGUCCAAGAGCUGCGACAUGAAUAACGCCACCGCCUGUUUCUACCUCUCUGGCAUGCAUAUUUCCGGUGUGCAAAAGAAACCGGAAACGUCAACACAAGUUAGCACUACGGAUAUCAAAAAAGUCACACCGAAAGACAGUGAAUUCAUAUUACACAAGGAUAUGAAGAAGGCAUUCGAAUUCGCCUAUAAAGCUUGUGAACUACGUAAUAUGUACGCAUGCGCAAAUCUGAGUCAGAUGUAUGCGCGUGGCGAUGGCAUUGAAAAGAAUGAAAAGGAGGCGGAGAAAUAUAAGAAAAUGGCUUUGGAAAUGCAGGAUGAAGUGAAGAAACAACAACAGACGCUGGAGUUCCAACAAGGCAUAAAAAUGCCGAACUGAGCAGGAGCGUAGUGAAGUGUGUGUGUGUAGUGGAGUAGCGCUAGCAUGAAUUGUAACAAUUUCAAGCGCAAAUUAGUACAGCAAAAAAAUAUAUAUAUACAGACGUAAACGGCGCCAAUAGUAAACCACAAAAUUUGUUUUUUAUUAAAAAAAAAUAAGUUCUUUUUAUACAUAAGAACUUGAGUUUGCGUGUGGCGGUUUACUUAAAAAAUAUGUUUUCGUUAAAUUUGUGCGUUUAUUUAUAAGUAGGCAGCGUAAAUUAGUUAGUGGCAGAAAAAAUACAUUUUCAAGGAAGACUAACUGCUUGCUUUUUAAUAUUUGCUUUGUUGCUUUUUUAAGCAAAAUUAAUUGUUUAAGUUAAAGUUAAUUUAAUUUGUUUGUGCGUGUUUAUAUAAAAAAAAGAAAGGAAAAA